GGGUAGGGGCGCCCCGAAAACCAGCCUCAUUUAUAUACUCCGGGUGCCUCGUCGGCCAACAUUCCACGAAGUGAGCUCGAGCUGAAGCGUUGUACAGCUUAAACGAGGCUGUGCAAUAGCGAUAUUAAUUUAUUUAUUUAAUAGGACUAUUUAAAUUAAAUCUAAAUCACAAUGUGCGACGAGGAAGUAGCCGCGCUGGUGGUGGACAACGGCUCCGGCAUGUGCAAGGCCGGCUUCGCGGGCGACGACGCGCCGCGCGCCGUCUUCCCGUCCAUCGUGGGCCGCCCGCGCCACCAGGGCGUGAUGGUGGGCAUGGGCCAGAAGGACUCGUACGUGGGCGACGAGGCCCAGAGCAAGAGAGGCAUCCUCACGCUCAAGUACCCCAUCGAGCACGGCAUCGUCACCAACUGGGACGACAUGGAGAAGAUCUGGCACCACACCUUCUACAACGAGCUGCGCGUGGCGCCCGAGGAGCACCCCGUGCUGCUCACCGAGGCGCCGCUCAACCCCAAGGCCAACAGAGAGAAGAUGACGCAGAUCAUGUUCGAGACCUUUAACACGCCCGCCAUGUACGUGGCCAUCCAGGCCGUGCUGUCGCUGUACGCGUCCGGCCGCACCACCGGCAUCGUGCUGGACUCCGGCGACGGCGUGUCGCACACGGUGCCCAUCUACGAGGGCUACGCGCUGCCGCACGCCAUCCUGCGCCUGGACCUGGCCGGCCGCGACCUCACGGACUACCUGAUGAAGAUCCUCACGGAGCGCGGCUACUCCUUCACCACCACCGCCGAGAGAGAAAUCGUGCGCGACAUCAAAGAAAAGCUCUGCUACGUGGCGCUCGACUUCGAGCAAGAGAUGGCCACAGCCGCGUCCAGCAGCUCGCUGGAGAAGUCUUACGAGCUUCCCGACGGACAGGUCAUCACCAUCGGCAACGAGCGCUUCCGUUGCCCUGAGGCGCUCUUCCAGCCCUCGUUCCUGGGUAUGGAGGCGUGCGGCAUCCACGAGACCACUUACAACAGCAUCAUGAAGUGCGACGUUGACAUCCGUAAGGACUUGUACGCCAACACAGUAUUGUCCGGCGGUACCACGAUGUACCCCGGCAUCGCAGACCGCAUGCAGAAGGAAAUCACAGCUCUAGCUCCCUCAACGAUGAAAAUCAAAAUUAUCGCUCCCCCGGAGAGGAAGUACUCCGUAUGGAUCGGCGGCUCCAUCCUCGCGUCCCUGUCGACCUUCCAACAGAUGUGGAUCUCGAAACAGGAGUACGACGAGUCCGGCCCCUCGAUCGUGCACAGGAAGUGCUUCUAAGCGCGCGCGCGCCUUGCUGCCAAGGAAGCGGCCCGCGGCCCGGCCGGCCCCGCGGUCGGCUGCUCAACUCAGGCUUGUAAUCUCCGUUAAUUUAAUUGUACGUAAGAUAUUAUAUGUAAUUAAACAGUGACGGCAGGACGGAGCGCGGCGCCGUGGGCGCGCCCCGACCGCCGGCCUCGGUACUGCACUCGCCAAAGGAUCUUUUUGUAAUCUCAAUGAAUGAUGAUUGUAUGUGCUGAAACGGAUAAGACUACUUUCUUACUAGGUCAUUUAUAAAUUAUAAAAUAUAAUAAAAAAUAAGAAAAAAAAUCUGAAAAAUUAA